ACAAUAUUGGCAGUGGGAUAACUGGUUUCCCGAGCUCUCUGCAGAGGAGUGGCUGAGAAGAGUUUGAGCCUGUUGCUGUGUUUGUGUGUCUCUCUGAAAUCUGUGAAGAAGGAUGAAGCCACCAUCCAGGAACUUUGCAAAUAAACAUGAACCUCUUCCAUCUCAGAGACCUGACAACACAGCAUUCACUCAGCAGAGAAUUCCAGCCUGGCAGCCUCUUCUCUCUGCCAGUAUAAUUUUACCAUUUUUCUUUUUUAUUGGAUUAUCCUUUAUAGGUAUUGGAAUUGGAUUAAACUACUCAUCAAACAGCAUAAAAGAAUCUGAACAUGAUUACACAGGAGCCCUUGAUGGUGAAGCCUGUUUUAAUUGUACCAGUGCUAAUGCCUCAAGACCCUGCAUCUGUAACAUUCCUUUCAAUAUAACAGAAGACUUUCAGGGAGCUGUUUUUAUGUACUAUGAAUUAUCAAACUUCUACCAGAACCACUAUCGGUAUAUGAUAUCUAGGGAUGAAAAACAAUUAAAUGGAGACCUUUCUAGUCUAACGAAUCCUGCCAAUGAGUGUGCCCCAUAUAGAGUGAAUGCUGAACAAAAGCCAAUUGCUCCAUGUGGUGCUAUUGCAAACAGCAUGUUUAAUGAUGUUGUUACGCUGUAUUACAAUCAGAAUGGCACAUAUGUUGAAGUUCCGCUAGAUGGGAAAGGGAUAUCCUGGUGGACCGAUUACAACAUUAAAUUCAGGAACCCAACUAAUGGCACUGAGAGCUUGGCGCAGAUAUUUAACGCAACGGUGAAACCUGACAGAUGGCUAACCACAGCUUACGACCUGUCAAGUGACCUAAAUAAUACAGGAUUUAUAAAUGAGGACUUCAUUGUGUGGAUGAGAAGUGCAGCAUUGCCCACGUUUCGGAAACUAUACCGGAGAAUUGAGAAUGGAAACUUCAAAAAUGGAGAGUAUCAACUAAGAAUUGUGUACAAUUUCCCUGUUGUCAGUUUCCAAGGAAGAAAAAAAAUAGUUUUCAGCAGCGUAUCCUGGAUGGGAGGAAAGAAUCCAUUCCUGGGAAUAGCAUAUCUUGUUUUCGGUUCUUUGUGUAUAGUUUUUGCUAUCAUUAUGCUCGUUGUAUUCAUAAAGUACCAAGGCAAGAUGGAUGAUGACAUCUAGCAUUGGGUCUAAAAUGAUGAUUCAUAAAGCUGCUUAGAAUUCCACAUAAUAUAAUGUUUACAUGAAACGGCAAUAUUAGUAGCAUGCAAACUAUAAAACGCAACAUAGUUACUGUGCUCAUGAUCCCUCUUUCCUCAUGAAACCAAGGUCACGUGUGCCUUAGGCCUCAUGCACACGACUGUGCCGUUUUUUUGCGGCCUGCAAACCGCGGAUCUGCAAAAAAUGGAAGCCGCCCGUGUGCCUUCCACAAUUAACGUAACGGGCGGCCCAUUGUAGACAUGC